AUGCGUGAAAUCGUACACAUUCAAGCCGGUCAGUGUGGAAAUCAAAUUGGAGCCAAGUUUUGGGAAGUCAUCUCUGACGAACAUGGAAUCGACCCUACCGGCACUUACCAUGGUGACUCAGAUCUUCAACUAGAACGUAUUAAUGUCUAUUACAAUGAAGCCACCGGAGGAAAAUAUGUCCCUCGAGCAAUUCUUGUUGACCUGGAGCCUGGUACUAUGGACAGUGUUCGAGCUGGACCCUUUGGUCAAGUUUUCCGUCCAGAUAACUUUGUCUUUGGUCAGAGUGGUGCUGGUAACAACUGGGCUAAGGGGCACUACACAGAAGGUGCUGAAUUAGUCGAUUCCGUCCUUGAUAUUGUUAGAAAAGAGGCCGAGUCAUGCGAUUGUCUUCAGGGAUUCCAAAUGACCCACUCUCUCGGAGGUGGCACGGGUUCUGGAAUGGGAACCCUCCUUAUCUCCAAAAUUCGUGAAGAAUAUCCUGACAGAAUUAUGAGCACUUUCUCAAUUGUGCCAUCACCAAAGGUCUCUGAUACUGUUGUCGAACCCUACAAUGCUACCCUCUCAGUACAUCAACUUGUCGAAAAUACUGAUGAAACUCACUGUAUCGACAAUGAAGCUCUAUAUGAUAUUUGCUUCCGCACCUUGAAGCUUACCACACCAACUUAUGGAGACCUUAACCAUCUCGUAAGUGCGACAAUGUCUGGUGUUACUACUUGUCUGAGAUUCCCAGGUCAACUCAAUGCUGAUUUGAGAAAAUUGGCUGUUAAUAUGGUACCUUUCCCGCGUCUACACUUCUUCAUUCCUGGUUUUGCGCCACUCACCAGCCGAGGAAGUCAACAAUACAGAGCCCUAACAGUCCCUGAGCUUACUCAACAGAUGUUCGAUGCCAAAAACAUGAUGGCUGCUUGUGAUCCUCGACAUGGUCGUUACCUCACUGUUGCAGCUAUGUUCCGUGGUCGUAUGUCAAUGAAAGAAGUUGAUGAACAGAUGCUAAAUGUGCAGAAUAAGAACUCAAGCUACUUUGUUGAAUGGAUUCCAAAUAACGUGAAAACCGCUGUUUGUGAUAUUCCACCAAGAGGUCUUAAGAUGUCUGUCACCUUCUUGGGUAACAGCACAGCCAUUCAAGAACUUUUCAAGAGAGUUAGUGAACAAUUCACUGCUAUGUUCCGAAGGAAGGCUUUCCUUCACUGGUAUACUGGUGAAGGUAUGGAUGAGAUGGAGUUCACUGAAGCCGAGUCAAAUAUGAACGACUUGGUGAGUGAGUACCAGCAAUACCAAGAUGCUACUGCUGAGGAAGAGGGAGAAUUUGAAGAAGAGGAAGGUGAGGGAGAAGCAGCAUAA